AUGCCAUCGCCGUGCCGCCGUCCUGGCCGCCGCGUCCUUUUCCUCCUCCUGGCCCUGCUGCUGCCCUCGCCGCCCCCAGCCCGCGCCCCAGCGCCGCCGGGCCCCGCCGCCACCCUGCUCCAGGCUCUCGGGCUGCCUGACGCGCACCGGGGCGCACCCACGCCCCGGCCCGUACCCCCCGUCAUGUGGCGCCUCUUCCGCCACCGGGACCCCCAGGAGGCCAGGGUGGGCCCUCGGCGGACGCCCCAGGGAACCACCCUGAGACCGUGCCACAUGGAGGAACUGGGGGUCGCCGGAAACAUCGUGCGCCACAUCUCGGACCGCGGUGCGCCCACCCGGCCCCCGGAGCCCGCCUGGGCUUCGGGGCAGUGCCCUGAGUGGACCGUCGUCUUCGAUUUGUCAGCCGUGGAACCUGCCGAGCGCCCGAGCAGGGCCCGCCUGGAGAUGCGCUUUGCGGCGGCGGCGGCCGCGGAGGAGCCGGCCGGCUGGGAGCUGAGCGUGACUCAGGCGGCCGAAGGCGCGGUCGCUGGGCCCGUGCUGCUCCGCCAGGUGGUGCCCACCCUGACGGCCCCGGUGCGCGCCGAGCUGCUGGGCGCCGCCUGGGCCCACAAUGCCUCGGCGCCUCGCAGCCUCCGCCUGGCGCUGGCGCUGCGCCCCCGGGCCCCCGCCGCCUGCGCGCACCUGGCCGAGGCCUCGCUGCUGCUGGUGACGCUUGACCCGCGCCUGUGCCACCCACUGGCCCGGCCGCGGCGCGAAGCCGAGCCCUCAGUGGGCGGCAGCCCUGGAGGCGCGUGUCGCACGAGGCGGCUCUACGUGAGCUUCCGCGAGGUGGGCUGGCACCGAUGGGUCAUUGCGCCGCGCGGCUUCCUGGCCAACUACUGCCAGGGCCAGUGCUCGCUGCCCGCAGCGCUGUCCGGACCCGGGGGGACGCCCCCGCUCAACCACGCCGUGCUGCGCGCGCUCAUGCACGCGGCCGCCCCCGGUGCCGCCGGUCUGCCCUGCUGCGUGCCUGCGCGUCUGUCGCCCAUCUCUGUGCUCUUCUUUGACAACAGCGACAAUGUGGUACUGCGGCACUACGAGGACAUGGUGGUGGAUGAGUGUGGCUGUCGCUGACGGAGCCAGGCAGGGGCCCAACAAUAAACACUGCGUGGUCCGCU